ACUCCCUCGCCGGGCCCGGGUCCACCACCAGGCCCACCUUCGACGGGCCCGUAUCGGCCGAACGGUCCCGAGGGCCCCAGUGCACCCACUUUUACUGCGUUGUUAUCCCAACGGCCGUUAAAUCGCACUUCUCACACUUUCCCCCCCAAUGCCAGUAAUGUGCCAGCGUUUACUUCAACUUCCUUCCGCGGCACUCACUGCAAAAUUUUCCGUCGUGCUUGACUUCCGCGUGUUUGUUCCUUACACCCCCUCGCGGCGCGGCACUUCUCGCGGUGAACUCCUCGUGUGCGACCACCUCGUCCCGUCGUCCACGAAGAAGAAGAGUUGUCACCCUCGAACUCUGGCGCAUACGUUCUUUCAGCUGUCGUUCUGAGAGCACCUUGUCCUCAUUGCGAUCUGCUCGCUUUCUCGUUUGACUUCUUUAAUGUCUCUUCCGGAAUACCAGAGAGAUACCAAUACUCCUCCGUUUACGAUUUUACGUCGAGUAUCUUACACACAAUCAUGACGUCGCUCGUUUGAAGUAUCGUGCGCGAUACUCGAACGCGCGAUGAAUGAUCUUGAUUUUUUUGUAUUGAGAAUCGCUUCUUUGUUUAGAAUGGUUUAGCAUGAAAGAAUGAACCUCGGACUUUGUCCGAACAUCGAGUGAUCUCUCGCUCGACCUCGCGGUAGAUCGUUUCUCCGUUUCGUCGAGCGUGCCGGCGAAUCGAUCCCGAAGAUGACAGACAACGGCGCGUCGUGCUUACGUCGCGUUUGUUUCGUGCACUCCCGGUGCGGUCGCGAGUGUUAGUCGGUGGUGACUUCUGGAUCGGCGCGCUAGCCGCUGGCCAAUGACGCUUUCUUUCUUUCUUUCUUUCCUACUAUCUCUCUCCCUGUCUAUCUCGAGGGGGGACCGGAGAUGCCGGCGUACAGGCGCGAUACGUCACGUCACGGCAGCGGCGGAGCGAACACGACGAUGACGCGAGCACGCUCGCCUCGAGUUCGCCAGCCAACUGGCUGCACCUGCGGUGUCUGCGAGCGUCCCCCUCUUCGUCUCAGCUGGAGUUGCUCCAGGACUCGCGCAACUGACGUGGUGGCAGCUACGCCCAUUGGCCACGACCACCGUGGUGGCCGUGGCACGACGGCGUCGGAUUGGUUGGCGACGGGAGACACGGGCGUAGCCAAACUGGAGCGCCGCCAGACAUGGCCGUGGAAUGGCUGCGGAGUUGCGUUCGCUUGCGAGAGGCGCUUCCGUCGUUGCUACUACUGCUUCUGCCGCCGUUGCUGCCGCUGGCUGGCUGCUGUUGUUACUGGAAAUAAGCUGGUGGUGCUGCUGUUGCCGCCGCCGCCGCCGCCGCCGCGGCCGUCGCCGUCGCCGUCGCCGUCGCCGCCGUCGACGCCACCGCCACCGUCGUAGCCGCCUGCUUCUCUUCGUCUGACACGCUAUCGAUCCCGCGGCGUCGCGGGAGACGAGAGGGUAGACUGCCUCGCGAAAUGCCACAGGACUCCACGUGCCAUUAACCGAGUGGCCGAAUACUGCUGCUGCUGCUGGCUGCUGCGACAAUCUCUUUUCGAGGGACAAUUCGUGGAUUGACAAAGUAUGACUAAACAUAAUUGUCUCAACUAUCUCCAAAUA